AAAAAUUCUUUAAACCAAAACAAAAAGAAGUCAAUAUUAUAAAAUGGCUUCCAAAAUUGUUGGUAUGGUUCUAGCCAUUGUCCUUAUUGUCUCCAUAUGUGGUGGAGCUAUGGCUCAAUCAGGCUGCACUAAUGCCCUCAUGGGUAUGUCUUCUUGCCUUAGCUUUAUUACCGGAAAUACAUCCACCCCUUCGUCUUCGUGUUGCUCGCAGCUCGGAAACGUGGUUCAGUCUCAGCCACAAUGCCUUUGCCAAGUUAUGAACGGCGCCGGUAUUAAUCUUGGUAUAAGUAUUAACCGAACACUCGCUCUUACACUUCCUGGUGCUUGUAAUGUUCAGACUCCACCGGUUAGCCAAUGCGACGCUGCAAACGGGCCAACUUCUACUUCCACGCCCACACCGGCUGCUUCUCCAGAAGGAUCUACUUCCGAACCGGAUAUAUUGCCCGAAAGCCCGACCGAGUCCGAUACUCCAGCAGGUACACCAAAGUCAUUCUGCAAGGAUCAGGGUCGAAGACAGAUGGCUUGACACCUAAUGGAAGCCAAUCACAAGUGCCUCUUCAUCUCUUGGCGCUUGUUAUGCUUGUGUUGUCAUGGGCUUCAACAUCUACUAGCUAGUUUCGGAUUCUAAGUCCAUUUCUUUGCUUUUUCAAGUACUAAAAAGUUUGAUUCCGUGUUUAUGUUGGAGGGUGAUGUGUGAGAGAGACUGUGAUUUCUUAUUUAUGAGACCGAUGGAUGUAUUAUUUUUUGGAGCGGGUGAUUUGUUUUUGUGCAAAUAUAUUAUGUCAUUGUAGGGUCGUUCCAACGUUUUCGGAGGCCCAAAGCACACAUUUUACCCCACAUGUAUAUGCAUAUAUCAAUAUACACACAUCUCUUGUUGCUUUUUUACUGCCAAA